AUGGUGAGGCACGCCGAGCGCUUCCGGGUCACGGGGCCCAGCCUUUUCCCGUCGCCGGGCGGAAGUGCGUCACCCGUAGCUAUGGCGUCGGCAGCGGCGGCGCUGGCGCUGGUGCUGGUGGCGGUGCUGUGGGGCGGCACGGCGCCGCUGCUGCGGGCGGGCGCCGCGGGGCUGGAGCGCGUGCGGCGCCAGGGCCGCCUGCGGCAGCUGCUCGCCGAGAUCCGCUUCCUGGGCCUCAACUACAAGUACGUGGUGCCGUUUCUGCUCAAUCAAUGCGGCUCGCUCCUUUUCUAUCUCACCUUGGCGUCCACAGACCUGUCUCUGGCUGUGCCGCUCUGUAACUCCCUGGCUUUGAUAGCCACGUUAGUGACUGGGAAGAUUCUAGGAGAGGAUAUUGGCGGUAAAAGGGCUGUGGCAGGAAUGCUGAUCACUCUCCUAGGAAUCACUCUCUGCGUAGCUGGCUCGUAAACCAGGCGCACUGAGAAACGGCGGGAAGAGAACCCGGUGCAAGGCAACCCCGGGGCUGAAGAGGGGAGUUUCUGCUCAGCCGCGGGCCAUUGGGCUCAGCUGUGUUGAGGAAGCUGCGUUUUAUAACACACAUGUCUGAAAAACAUGGAUUGUGUUCCC